AGUUCCUUUUGUGCCUUUGUAUUAUCUCUAACCACUCUACCGCUAUUUCCUCUACAAUAACAACAUCAUCAUGGCAUCAUCCGAGAACGUCGAGUCACCUCAGCAACGAUAUGUAGUACCCAAGGUUCAUGGGGCUCCUAUAUGUCCGAUCUUCGGUCGGAUUCUGGUCUUAACAGUUACGCUUGCCGUGUGUGCAUUUGUGGCUAUGACAUGGUAUUGCGAGGGUAUCGAGUGGAUCUAUGAUCGAACCACUAGGUCUUGGCCUAUAUACGAUUGUCCCUCUCUGGCGGAAUCGUUCAAAAUCCAGAAUAGGGAUUUCUCUGGUAGAACGUGUCGAAUGGCUAUUGCUUAUAACUAUGAAACCGCCUAUAACAUGCAAAAGGCUGGUGUUACUGUACCAUAUGGGACUAAGCCUGAGGAUGCUCUCGAGAGGUGUAUACUCCCGCAUGAGAGCCAAGAUGAUAUUAUGUGCUACUCCGUUAACCAGUGUACCUACAUGUGCCGAACCACUGAUACCAACCAGGACUGUCCUUAUCCUGGUACGAUUAAUAAGGAUGAGACCGAGAUCGCUGAUAAUGAGCAGUGUACUAUAUAUGUUGCUAGCCAGACCUUUGCUCAGUCACUGGACUGCUACAAGGUUGAAGUUGGUCCUUUCUGUGGUCGACAGUUUAAGGUUACCCCCUCUAAUAUUCUGGUUAUGAGGGGCAUUAUCGUUGCUACAGUGUUCAUGAUAGUGUUUUGGUUCAUCUCUGAAUUUGGUCUAAGAGCAACUGAGAAAGGCCUGAAGCAGGAGCAAGCCGAGGGUAAGGCAAGGAUGGAUGUAGAACUACCUGCCAAGCGGAAGUUCCUACGUGACCAAGUUGAACAGAGAUGGGCAGAUGAGGCUCGCUAUAUGUAUUCGCUCGAUCCGAAUGCUCCUCUUUGGAGUGGGGACUUGACGGCGCCAGCUGGACAGAGUGCCAGGGCGGCACCCUCGGUGAUUGCACCGACUGUGAACAGCUCGAUGGCAUCAAUGGUUGGCGGUUAUCCUGGUAUGACUGCUAGUGAGUAUAGUGAGCAGAUAACUAAGGGAGGGUUCAAGAGCAGACUGGAGUCUCGGGAUCCUCGUAAACGUUUUGAAUCAUCAGCUUGGGAGCGACGAAUUGAGCAGUAUAGGAUGCUAGGAAAGGACAAGAAAGCAAGGUUUGUUGCAAAAGAAAACUUCCGUACACUAUUACUCAACGGUUUCUUCAUUAUUCUCAUUAUCGUUUCUCAAUACUGUAUUCUAUACUUCUCCCCUCAAAAUAUGCACAGCCAGGAGACACUGUAUGAGGCCUUUGUGGGUGUGGUCUCAAUUUGGAAUGCUGUGUCCGCUUUGGAUUGGAUUAUAUUCUUGGAUGUGUUAUUGGAUGUGGUACUCUUCUUCGCGGCAGCAUGCGUUGUGAAGUGGCCUAAGCCUCCGGUGUUCUCUCGCCACAUGCAAGAAGAACUGAAGGAGACUGCAGGUGAAGAAUAUGGUGAGGAUGUUCCUCUGAAGGAGUCUCAUUCGGAGGGCAAGGAGCCCAUCAUGGGAGCAGCUAUCCCAGCUGAGACGGUUAAGUCAGAGCAACCAGAAGCUCAGCGGAAGACUCUUCUACCGCUCGAUGGUGGUGAUGAUAUGAGUGAUAUUGACCGUAGCAGUGACAUUGAAAGUGAAGAUUCUGCAACAGUCGAUUUUAUACUGAGUCAAGCUAUGACUACCGAUGUGUGCUUACUCAUUGCAUGCCAUAACUCUGCUAUGACGGAGGAAAGGUAUGAUGUGUUUACCGGCACACUCCGAGCCGCUUUGAUGGUGUUCCCACCAACGCACAUCUUCGUGUGUGAUAAUGGUCGCGACUCGAAGCCUUUCGAUGAAACCCAAUGGGCUACUCAGCAGGUGCAUCCUGAUAUCAACUAUCUAUUCGUGCCAGAGGGUAACAAGACUUUUGCAUUCUAUUGGUGUAAUAAGUAUUGGAUACCCUUCCUUCACCGUUGUGGAAGAGUACAAGCAUUCAAGUAUGCAGUUAUCAUCGAUGAUGAUGUACCAUUACCUGCUGAUCUACAUAUACCACAUCAGAUGCUCGACCAGAAUCCUAACAUUAAGGCUGUCCACUUCCCUAUUACUGCCACAACACCCGAUGGUAAACCGAACCAGCUGGUGCGGUGCCAGGAUGUUGAAUACAAGUUGGCAGCAGUCCAUAAGCUAUUCCAGGCAACUCUGGCAAGGAGUUUGAGUUGCCAUGGUGCUAUCGCUCUGUGGGAUCGGCAAACGAUGGAUGAGGUGUUGUAUGAACAUGAUACAGUUUUCAAUGGCGAGGACCUUUAUAUGGGAUUGGCUCUGCUGAGGCGCCGAGAUGAUUCCAGGAUUAUAUCAGCUCCUCAGACGAUUGUGCCCACUUAUGCGCCAGACACUUGGUCAAUGCUAUACCGUCAACGUGUGAAGUCAUGGGAUGUGACUUCGCAUAAGAAGACGUUCACGUAUUUGUAUGAAAUAUUAACGCCCACGGGUUGGUUUCAUCUGGCCAGUUGGGUACUGAAGCCAUACUUCAUACAGGAGUUCCUCACGAUUGUCCUGGAUUGGCUGAGAGCCUUCCUACUAUGGGGUUUGAUCAUACGUGAUUGGAUAACCUUUGUUAUUAUGCUGUUGGUCUUCACUGCAUUACUCUACAUUAUGGUACUCGUAUUCUACUUUAUAGUACUACGAGACAGGAAGGAUAUUCGGCCAAAGGUCACGACCGUCAUACUCUUCCCAUGGUAUCGUUUGUCCAGUUUGCUGUUCCGAUUGGGUGCUCUGUGCCAGAAUCUUCUAAUUUAUUCACACGAGAGGAAGGGCAUCAAGAUAGGAGUGCGAGAGGACGAGAUUCGAGAUAUCCCCCCUUGUCCCCCUCAUCCCGAUGUUGAUUGGUUUACGGUAUGGACCUUGCCGGAAGACAAUAACAACGACAACAGCAACAACAGCGGUAAUAAUAACAAUCACAGUUGAGGUGGUUGAGCUUGGUGUGGUAAUGCUGCUAUUGUUAAUAAUAUAAUUCCUUGAAGCUACUGCAGUAUAUGGGUUCUACUACUAAUACUACUGCUGGUGAUGAUGAUGAUUGUGAUGUUGGUGCUCGAGUAGUGUCUUACUGGUUUCGCAUCCUA